AGAUCCGCACACAUUGAAUCACUGUUCCAGAUGAGCAGGCACGGCAAUAGAGCUACUGACUGAACGCGAACGGGGCGUUUCAAAGACGCAGAAACAGUGAUCAUAGAUUGUGUUGAAAUAGCUAUUGGGACUUUAUAGUUAUGAGGUGUUGGCAUCCGCUGGAUGGAUGGGUGGAAGCUACGUGGUAGUUCAUGAGUGAUCGGACCGGUGUGCUGAACGGGUUUAGUCGGAUCUAUACAGGUCUGAAAUGAGAAACAUCACGGGUCUCUUUGGGGCGACCCGACUUCAGUGGGUCUCCUGGCUGAGACUCUUACUUUUGAUGCUGUUUUGGACCUGUUUAAAAGCACAACAGUUAAAAAACACUAGAUGGCCGCUGUAUUCCGGCAAGCCGUUGCUGUUGGCCUGGAACGCCCCUACAGAAGACUGUAGACCCCGUCAUGAUGUCGCCUUCCAGUUGGAUCAAUUCCAAAUAGUGGCUUCACCGAAUGAGGGCUUCACCAAGCAAAACCUCACCAUCUUCUAUCACGACCGUUUGGGUUUGUACCCUUAUUUUGAAGCAGACGGCACUCCAGUCAACGGCGGCCUACCGCAGGCCGCCAGUCUCGGGCAACACCUAGAAAGGAUGCCGGAAGGGCUCAAGAAGUACAUCAAGGACCCGACGGUGAAAGGUCUUGCUGUGAUCGACUGGGAAGAGUGGCGGCCCCUCUGGAUACGUAACUGGGGCACUAAAGACAUUUACCGCAAUUAUUCGCGACGGUUAGUCACUGAGAAAAACCCAACUUGGCCUCAAGACCAGGUGGCCAAAGUGGCCCAGCAAGAGUUCGAGCUUUCUGCACGCAAGUUUAUGUUGGAGACGCUUCGAACGGCCAAGAGCUUACGGCCCCAACAGCUUUGGGGUUUCUACCUCUUUCCUGAUUGUUACAAUCACAAGAGCAACACGGGACACUGUCCGGACGUGGAGGUGAAAAGGAACAACGAACUGCAGUGGCUGUGGACGGAGAGUACAGCUCUGUAUCCUUCCAUAUACAUGGCUAAAGGGCUGAAGGACCAACCGGCUGGACGCCAGUUCGUACGCAACAGGGUCAAGGAGGGCAUGAGGUUGGCAUCUGUUGGGAAUGGGUCGGCCAGGCCUGUGUUUAUCUACACGCGGCCCACUUACCAAAACAAUCUUCCAGGUUCUAACGGCAACCCUUCUGAUCUCCUGCUGAUGACAGAGACGGAUCUGGUGUCGACCAUCGGCGAGAGCGUGGCUUUGGGUGUAGCGGGCGUCAUCCUCUGGGGUGACUCCAACUACGCCAGCAGUCUUGAGGCUUGUUCCAAACUUAACGAAUACCUGCGAGGGCCGUUGGGUCGCUACUUACUUAACGUGACGUCGGCCGCCGAGCAGUGCAGCAGAAACCUCUGCAGAUUUCGAGGCCGCUGCCUUCGCAAACAACCCGACACGGACACGUACCUGCAUCUAAGCCCGAACACCCACAGCAUAGAGCGACUGGGAAACACGCUGAAGGUCGCGGGCCAGAUGGGAGAAGAAGAGCUGAGCCGCGUGCGCAACGAGUUUCAGUGUCAGUGCUAUAACGGCUACCUCGGCGACGACUGCAGCCAGACGGAUGCCGGGAAUAGAGCCACGCUCGUCUUGACCACGUUUUUGCAGGUUUUGCUGUUGCCGCUGCUCUUGAUGGGGUUCCUGCACUGAGGAGUUCAGUGGUUUGAGGUCAAUAUGCCCGACUUUCUCGUUAAGAGAUGCGCAACAGCUGAAAGGCCUUUUGUUCGCUAGAAUUUGAUUAGAAAUAGAAUUUGAAUGCGCGCGCUAACUCUGUGGACUGUAUGUACAGCACAGCGGUGGCUCAGUGUGUUUUUGGGUCGAGAGCAUCGCCCCCUGUUGCAUGGGAGGAAGAACUGCACCAGGAAGGAAUUGUGAUUUUUGACUAGGUUUGUGUAUUGUGUUGUCUGUGUGCAUUUUUUAUAAAAAGUAAUUGAUGUGGUGGUUUCCGCUGUCAUUUGCGGCCUUUUUUUAUUACUUUUGCUGCCUUUUAUAUCUGCAUAAAACCAGUUGUGACCUUAUUUCUGCAGUGUGUCACAUGACCAGCUCCUUAAAGGGACACGUUUUGUUACUUGCAACGCUGCUGCCUCAUUAAAGCCUCACUUAGAUUGAAACCUGUCUUCUGUAUCACAUUUCACUCUUAAAUUAAAAGAAAGUAGAGAAAUUAUUUUACAUACAUUUUUUUGCAUCGUUUUUUACUUAUUUUCAUGACUGUUGUGCAUUUUCAUUUUUUUUUUUUAAUUCUCAUAGGUAUGUAUUUGCUUUGUUAUAGCAAAAAGAAAAUCGUAAUGAUUUGUAAAUUGUCAUUUUAUAGGCAAUGCAACAAGGAAUAAAAUGUGCAUUAUUAUAAAUUAUAAUACUAUAAAUUAUUCAUUAAUUAUUAUUAUUAAUCACAUUCAAUUAAUCAUAUUAAAAUAUGCUUGAAAUCUGUUUUCUGUGACAAUUGUUUUUGUAUUAUACUAUAAAUGUUUGUUAAAUUAAUAUUCACUUUUAGAAUUUUGAAUUUGUCUUUACAGUAAUAAGAAUAAGGAUCUAAAUGGUCCUAUAAUUAGGUUUCUUCAUGCAAAAAUAUACGUUUUAUCAUGAUUUGUUUUUAAAUUUGGGGUGAAAUAUGAUUUCAGACAUGUUCUUAGACCACUGCUGGAUAGUGAGGUAUUUUUGAAAGUCUUGUAACAACUUCUGCCAAAAACAUGAAUGUAAAUGUCACAUCAGUGAACUGCGGUUCACACAAGAAAAUAUGCCUUUUCAUUUUUCCGCCUAGGUUGCACAAAUCUGUUUUGAGUCAGGAUUUCCCCUUUAAUUGCUGAACUUCUGCUCUUUAUUUGUGUGGGAUAAACUGGAAAGGAUUUAUUUGUGUUUCCAGAAGGUGUUUUUUUUUUCUUCCUGUAGAUUUCUGUUGUUGUGGUUGUUGUUGUAAUGCCUUUUAAGGCAUAGUUCACCUAAAAAUGAAAUUCUGUCAUUUAUGAAAUUAUUUCCAAACCUGUUUGACUGCUUGCUUGUCUGGACAACAAAGCAAAUAAUGAUAAAAAUGUCAUAUUUGGGUGAACAGUCUCUUUAAUUGAUCAUGUUUUGAAGACCCUCACAAUUGCAACAUUAAACCUAAAAAGCUUAAUUUUAUUUUCAUCCAAUAGAAUUUUGAUACCAAAUUCUGCUAUAUAUAUAUUUUUCCAGAUCAUUACAUAUAAUGUGAGUUAUACAAGAUUAGUUGCUUUCCGGUUGAGUUUUAUCAGGUGUUUGGUGACUCGUUUUAUAUUUUUUUCAAUAAAUUUCAUAUUUAAAAGC